AUGGCCGAACUUCCUACUCGAGCUUCUGUCUCCUGGAUAUUGUUAACUACCGGCAUAGCAUACCUGCUCUUCAAACUCCUUCGAUUUGGCCGUCGAGAGAAGUAUCUACCGCCCGGCCCUCCAACGAUACCAAUCCUAGGAAAUGCGCACCUGAUCCCAGCGAAGAACAUACAUCUCAAGUUCAAAGAAUGGAGCGAUAAAUACGGCACCGUUUUCUCUCUCAAAGUCGGCAGGUCAACAAUCGUAGUUCUCAACGAUCGGCGCGCUGUUCACGACCUUGUCGACAAGCGAAGUGCAAUCUAUGCUGAUCGACCGGUCGACCAUCAGUUGUUUCUCGCUCUACGCAAUGAGAACCUGGCUUUGAUGCCGUCUGGAGACCGGUGGCGGUCGAGUAGGAAAGUAGCUUCCCAGAUGUUGGCGCCGCAGAGAUUGGACGCAGGGCUUGCUGCGAUCCAGGAAGCCGAGAUCACUACGCUAAUGCACGAUCUGCUUGAAAAGCCAGCUGAGUUUCGAUCGUGUAUCAAACGGACGACUGGAUCGGUUGCAAGUAUCAUGAUAUUUGGGAAUCGUGCCUCUAGCUGGGAUAGCUUCUGGGCUCAGUUGACGAAAGCAGUGGAACCAGGUUCAUAUCUACCGGUUGAUCAGUUCCCGUUCCUCGGACUCAUACCUGAUCGAUGGAGUCCGGCGCGUCAACUUGCCAAGGAGACCUAUCGCAUCGGGACUGGAACCUGGACCGAGGCGCGAGAACGUGUAGAAACGCGGCGUAGCAAAGGAGACAAGCGAGAUUCCUUGAUCGAUCGAAUUCUGGACGAGAAGGUCAAGUUUGAUGUGCCACUGAACGACACGCAGUUCAACAACCUCCUGGGGGCUGUACACAUGGGCGCAUCCGACACGACAGCCACGUCUACUUUGACUACUAUUCUUUACCUGGCUAAGAAUCCCGAGGUUCAAGAGAAGGCACGAGUCGAGCUGGACCGCGUGUGUGGAACAAGUCGAACGCCCAAGUGGUCUGAUUUCGAUCAAUUGCCGUACAUCAACUGUAUCGUGAAAGAGGGGUUGCGCAUCCAACCAGUCAUCCCACCAGGCGUCCCCCACCGUGCGACACAAGACGACUGGUACAACGGCAUGCUGAUUCCGAAAGGCGCCACUAUCUUUGUCUCGCCGUACGCACUUCACUACAGUAUCUAUUCCGACCCCUCAACAUACAAUCCCGAUCGAUUCCUCGACCGCCCCAAGCUCGCAAUGGUAUAUGCUGGCAGCCCCGACUACGAAAAUCGUGACCACUAUGCGUACGGUGCCGGCCGACGUAUCUGCGUAGGAAUUCAUCUCGCUGAACGCAUGCAAUGGCGUAUAGUUGCGCAGUUACUCUGGGCGUUCAACAUCGAACCUGCACUUGAUGAGAAAGGGGAACCAAUUGAGCCUGAUACGACAGCGUACGAUGCUGGCAUGGUACAAGUUCCGCUGCCUUACAAGAUGAGGUUUACGCCGAGAAGUGAAAAGCAUGCGGAGGUUGUGCGUAGAGAACUUGGAGAUAUCGAGCAGCUACUGAAGGAGUGGGAGUGAAAAGACAUGCUCAUGUAACACGUCUCGAGGUAGUUCAAUGAUUGAACUUAUGAUGUAAUCCACGCUGAGUGGGUUCUUGCGCCCGGGUACCUAUAACCUUUUCCCCAACGAAUCAAAAUUAU